AUGGUAAUUAGUGUUGUGGACACAAAUCCUAAUCAUUCUUCAAAUUCAUCAUUUGUGGAGUUCUUUGAUUCUGAUUCACAAAAUACUUCAUUGACUGACAAUAAUAAUAUUGAAAAUAAUGUGAAGCAAUCCGUAAGAAUGAAAAACAAUGAAAAUGAGGGCAAAUAUAGUGGGGAGAAGAGCGACCCCUUACAACGUGUAGCUCAGUCGCAAAACCCAUGGGUCGCGGGUGCGCCCCGUUCUCAACCACCAAAUCAAAGAGCGAGCGCUGGUUUGAACCCACAAUUAGCUCUUAUACUUCAACAAAACCCAAGACUUAGACAAUUGGCCGAACAGAACCCAGAAAUCGCUCAACAGAUCUUUCAAAAUCCCAGACUUUUAAGAGAUCCCAGAAUUCAGAACUUAAUUCGAGCGCAAUUAGGUAAUGGAGGCGGCGCUGGUUUAUUAGGCCUACUGCCUGCCUUAGGUCAGUUGGGAGGUGCGCUUAACCCUCUAGGAAUUGGGUUGGGUGCUGGCGGUCCGUCCAGACAAAAUGGCGCUGGAGUUGGUUUAAAUGGACAAAAUGAUGCGCAAACUGGAGGGGGUGGUGGACUUUUCGGUGCCCCGCGUGGUGUUAAUAGACGCCCCCUAAAUAGAAAUCGAAAUAAUGAGGAGAAUAUUGGCGGAGGUUUUUAUGGAAAUAAUAGAAAUUAUGGCAAUAAUAACAACAAACUUAAUAAUAGAGUAAAUAACGUAAAUAGUAAUGAGGGGAAUGGAGACGACGCUAAAGAUGAUAAUUCAAGUGAAGAGGGGGACAACUCGGGUGAAGAGGGCGCUGAUGAGGGCCAGGAAGGAGGGGAAGGCGGCGAAGAAGGCGGCGAAGAGGGUCAAGAGGCUCAGGAUCCAAAUCAAGAUCCAUCCAAUGAUCCCGAUAUUCAACAAUUGCAAAAUUUAGGCGGAGGUAUAGGAGAUAACUUUCCUGAGGGUCUCUUUCCUCCCGGACUUCUAAGUAAAGACGAUUUGAACGAAAUUAGGAAACAACAGGAGAAACAGGCAAAGGAACAGGCGGUCAAAGAUCAACGACAACAGCAACAACAAGCGGGCGGUGCCAAUGAUCAGGCUAAUAAUGGCGAAGGACAAGACUAUGAUUAUGGAAAUGGAGGGGAAGGAGGAGAAGGAGGAGAAGGAGAUGGCAGUGAAGAAGGGGAAGGCGUUGAGGGCGGCAGUGAUGGCACGGAAGGCGACACUACUGAAGAUGGCGGCUCAGAUGAUACGACAUCUGAACCAGAAUCGCCCAAACCUGUAACCACAACACCGGCCGCACCGCCCGCUUAUCGACAACAAAAUAAUAAUCAAAAAUACAGACCAGAAUUUGGAGGAAUUAGACAGUCGUCUGUCAAUAAUCCUGGCGUUGAAUACGACGAGAUAUUAGACGAAAACACACCUGUAGUCACUCCUCCCGCUCUAAAUAAUGUUAAACACAGGGUUAAUGUGGCCAAAGGGAGAAUCAAUACAAUCCCACAACCAAUUCCAGUGCCGGGCCCUCAAUAUAACCAACAGCCAAUUCAACCAUUAAUUAAUGGACAGGGGAGAAUCAAUACAAUCCCACAACCAAUUCCAGUGCCGGGCCCUCAAUAUAACCAACAGCCAAUUCAACCAUUAAUUAAUGGACAGGUUUUGUGAACAAAAUAAAUAUUAAUGCUGUCAUCUAUAUGUGGGUUUUGUCACAAAAUAUAUGUGGUUCACACAACUGAUUGUAUUGAAUAUUGUAUAAUAUUCCUCAAUUUUGUUCACACAAAUGAUAUGUUCACACAGUUGACGUU